AUGGCGUCCAUGAACAAGCAAGGCAAGAUGGCCGGUUAUCACAUGAAUCUCGUCCUAGCCGAUACCGAAGAGUUCCGGAAAAUCAGAACCAAGUCCAAGACCGGCGGGGCUCCCGGCGCUUCGAGCCAGACCGUCGAAACCGAGGCCAAGCGAACCCUCGGCCUCACUAUCGUCCGCGGCGCCCACAUUGUCUCCCUCUCGGUCGAGUCGCCCCUCCUGCGGACCCUAGCACGCGACUUGGAAAGACUAGCUCUGGCGGUAUUGCCUCGACUCUUGCUGCCGGGCCCGGCGUAG